GCCGCCCAGUCAGUCCUCGCCCUGUGAGGCUCUGCGUUCCCGGCAGAGAGAAGGUCACGCCCUGCUCAUGAACUUCGCCAGUGAGCUCUCAGAGUACUUCCUGCUGCUGGAAGACAACACACAGUGCACCCCCAGAGGAAGAGGAAGAAGAUGGAGAAGAGUAUGAGAAUCCCGAGAAACCCAGCAACCCUCCUGCCACGCUCUACAACACCAUGAUCGCGUUGUCCAGCUCUCACCUCCCCGAGUACGCCUACCUCCCGAUCCUAAGCCACUUCCAGACGGAGAACGUCAUUCCUGGGGACACCUACACCUUGGUGUUCGAUCUUCCUCACAGGGUGGUCCAAAUACAGGUGCUGACCGGCCUCGGUGCCCAGGGGCUGUACCACCUGGAACACGGGCAGGUGGAACUGGGCUAUGAGCCCGUGCUGGAGGGAAUGGGCUGUGCCCACUAUGUGCUGCUGGGCCCCCUGGUGAAGGGCAAGUGCAACCAGAAGGUCCCGUACACAGCAGGUCUCAUGGGGGCUGUGAGGUGUGUGCGGCUGCUGGUAACAGCCCGACAGCACUUCUCUGUGACCAUCAGCCAGAUCAAUGUCUGGACUAGAGAUGAGGAAGGGUAGGGGUAACAAGGCCAGUGUUCGGGGAUGGGCUCAGCACUGAUGACAGGAAAUUAAAGCUUUGAAAUUCG